AUAAUACCCUGGCUAGGGUUACCAAUGAUGCUCUUAUCCUAUUACAAAAGUAACAAGUAAUUGCAAUUUGAUGACCAAAGCGGCCGCAACAAACGUCAAAGUUUUUAACAAACAACAAAGGAAAACAACAAAAUGUCCAGCUGGAGCUUGGCCAGCGCCGUUUCGCCCACGGUGUCGGGCGUUGCCGGUGACGUCAUCAGGCUCAACAAUCUUAAAGCCUGCGCCUCGGCCUCCGACAUAGACGGGGCAACAACGACUGAUUAUCCACAGAACAAAGCACGUCCAACAACGCCAGUGCCCGCCAAGAAGCUGAACACAAAGCGGCCGCCACAUCUGACAUUGAACAUCCAACCUACAACAGCAACAGGAACAACAACAACAGCAACAGGAACAACAACAACAACAACAACAACACAUGAUCACGAUGCGCCGCUCGCGGAACCGGAGAAUAUUGCGCUCUCGGCCAGCUCAUCCAUUUAUGGCACACCCCUCGGCUCUGCCGCGCCGGAGAGCUUUGCCAGCAGCCAGAACACCAGCUCCGGCAGCCACAGCGCCAGCAGCACGGCCGGCUCCAUUUUUCCCCACGAGCAAUACAAAACGAUCAAAAAAAUUGAUAUUCAAUUCGAUAAUGUGCGCUAUAGCGCCAGGUUUGGAUUCUUUAAGAGGGAAAACAAAGACAUACUGAAAGGACUCUCGGGCUACUUUCGUUCCGGCGAGCUAAAUGCCAUUGCCGGACCCUCUGGUGCGGGCAAGAGCACGCUGCUGAACAUACUCUCAGGCUAUACGUUUAAUGGCUACACAGGCGAUUUUCGCAUAAAUGGCAAGCGACGCGAUCUGAAGGCCUUCAAGCCGAAUGUGGCGUUCAUUACGCAGGACACGUCGCUGCAGCCCUACCUGAGCGUCAAGGAGGCCAUGCAUUUUGCUGCCAAUCUAAAGAUUGGCACACACAUGUCGCCGGCCGCGAAACGUGAACGUGUCCUCAGCAUUCUGGUCGCCAUUGGCAUGUACGAGAAUCGGAAUACGCACACGGGCAAUCUGAGCGGCGGGCAACGCAAGCGUCUGGCCAUUGCCCUGGAGCUGGUCAACAAUCCGCCCGUGCUGGUGCUGGACGAACCCACGUCCGGAUUGGACAGCUCCACGUGCAACCAGCUCAUAACGCUGCUCAAGAAAUUGGCCGUCGAGGGUCGCAAUGUCAUCUGCACCAUACAUCAGCCCAGCGCGCUGACCUUCUCCAUGUUCGAUCAUCUCUAUGCCAUAGCCGAGGGACAGUGCAUUUAUGCCGGCGGUUCCCAGAAUCUGGUGCCCUUUCUGGGCGCACUCAAUCUGCACUGUCCCGAGUCCUACAAUCCGGCGGAUUAUUUAAUGGAAAUAGCUACGCAUGACUAUGACACGGAGGACGAACGGCAGGUGGACAAGCUGAUUGCACUCAUGGACAAUGGACGCAACGAUGAUUACAGGCAAAGCAAGACGGCGCGCGUGGCACAGCUGGCGGCCAUGCGUAAAGUUGAGCAAAUGAUGAACUCCGGCCUGCUCACGCCUGUGACGGCGCCCAUCAUGUCCGGCGGAGUCGGGCAUUGUCGCCAAUCGUUCAACUUCAAGCCGUUGACGCCCAUCAAUGAGCUCUCCUCACGCAUCUGGGAUAGCCAGAUGGGCUGCGACGAUGCCAAGUCCGAUGCCAAUUGUUGUAAGCCAAAGAAAAAGAAGAAGAACAAGCCGACCAUGUCGAUGCCAACAUUGGAACUGGAUCCGGCGCAUCUGUGCAAGCGCGAGAAUAUCUAUGCCACGCCCUUUUAUCGACAGCUGAGCAUAUUGCUGCUGCGCACCUUUCUGCUAAUCUGGCGUGACAGCUCGCUGACCACGAUGCGCUUUGGCAUUCACCUGGCCAUCGGACUGCUAAUUGGCUUCCUGUACUAUGGCAUUGGCAACGAUGCCGCCAACUCGAUGAACAAUUUCCGCUAUGUCUUCUAUACCAUCAUGUUCAUCAUGUACUGUGCCUUCUCUGGCAUUCUGGUCAAAUUUCCCGUGGAGCUGCCGAUCGUAUCGCGUGAGCACUUCAAUCGCUGGUACUCGCUGCGCGCCUAUUAUGUGGCCAUUACGCUGGCGGAUCUGCCCAUACAGAUAAUCUGCAGCUCGCUGUUCAUAGUGCCCACAUAUCUGAUGACGCGGCAGCCGCUGGAGCCCUGGCGCUUUGGCAUGUUCUUUCUGAUUGUGUUCAUGACGGCGCUGGUGGCCCAAAGCAUCGGACUGGCGGUCGGGGCGGCAUUGAGCAUGAAUAUGGGCGCGAUACUGGGACCGUUUUUCAUAUGUCCGUUUCUGGCGUUUAGCGGCUUCUUUCUGCAGGAGAAGGAUGCGCCCGUCUAUUUGCGCUGGUUCUUCGAUGUCUCCUUUCUAAAGUAUAGUCUGGAUGGGGCUAUGCUGGCCCUGUUUGGUUACGAUCGGGCGCGUCUCGAGUGCAACGAGAUGUACUGUCAUUUGUCGCGACCCAAGCACAUACUCAAGGAUCUGGAUAUGGUGAAUGCCAACUAUCAGUUGGCCAUUUUCUUUAUGUUGGGCCUGCUGAUUAUGAUGCGCAUUUUGGCCUUUUACAUCAUGUCCUUCCGACUGAGAUUAUUCAGAUGAUACGAUACUGUGCCGGGACGGGCCCCACCCGAUGCCACAUUCCGCACACAGUCGAUACAGUUUGUUUUAUAUAUAGAUGACACAUAUAUAUAUAUAUAUAUAUAUAUAUAUAUUUAUAGAGGUGUACAAGUGCGGGUAUAUUUAUGAUUUCUUUUAGCAUUUAAUUGAGAGAACCAUGUGCCAAAGAAUUGAACAGCGUUUAGCAUAAGGAGAAAUCGUGAUA